AAAACCUCGCUUCGGCCUACAUAAAAACACCUCUUUUGCUCGACUUGCAAAACCCUUUCACGCCGCAAUCAUGUCCGGCCUCAGCCGACUGCGACAUCUCUCUCCGCGGCUGCUAACUCUCCUGAAACCUGCUAGCCGAUCAUAUGGAUCGGCUGCGGCCCAGCUCCAUUACGACUCUGACUUUGACGACGACGAGGAGCUGCAGCAACACGGUGUGGUGGGAACGGAGGGGUCGGUCCCGGGGAGAGGUGUCCAGUGGGUUUUGAUAGGCCAUCGAGGAGGCCAGAGACACGUUUAUGCCGAGAGGCUCUCGAAGCUUCUAGAAGUCCCUCACAUUUCCAUGGGCAACCUCGUCCGCCAGGAGCUCCAUCCUCGCUCUUCUCUCUACAAGCAGAUUGCAAAUGCAGUUAAUGAAGGGAAGCUUGUUCCGGAGGAGAUCAUUUUCACCCUGUUGUCAAAGAGGCUGGAAGAAGGAUACUACAGGGGCGAGACUGGGUUCAUUUUAGAUGGGAUUCCUCGAACAAGAAUGCAAGCUGAGAUUCUUGACCAAGUCACUGAUAUUGAUUUAGUCGUGAACUUCAAAUGCACAGAAGAACACAUGGUGAAUCUGGGAGAUGGAAAGUUUUCUCCCUGUUGCGGAUAUCAUAGCAUGAGCAAUGCUGGGUGUGAUUUUAAUCUGCAGACUCGGGAAAAUCAACUAAAACCCUUUUCUUCUGAUAGUGGAGGCCUGUGGAAGGAAAAGUUCCAUAUCUACUCAGAGCAGAGCAAGCAGUUGGAAGAAUACUAUAGGAAACAGAAGAAACUUCUUGAUUUUCAUGUGGCAGGCGCACCUGGAGAGACCUGGCAGGGGCUGUUGACUGCAUUACACCUCCAGCAUAUGAAUGCUGUUAGCUCUUCAAAGAAGCUAACUGCAUGAUUUGUUUUCAUCGGGUCUUUUGCCUGCCCAAUUAUUUUCAUUUAAGCAUAUUAGUAAAUAUAUUUGUGAGAACCACAGUGAGUGAGUAUUGAAGCCUUUGGAUCCUAAUACUUGGAUUCAGGUUUGAAUUUUUGGCGUUUUUCUUACUUAUCAAAAAAAUUUUUUUGGCGUUUUUCUUAUUUUACCAAGUGCCAUGCACUGUUUGUACGUGUGAUGUAGUUCUGAUGAGAGGCUAAAAGCAGAGAAGAAUACUUGGAUGUAUGACCAUCAUUAUAAGUGAAAAUGUUCUGUUUAUUGCUGUUCCCCAA